AUGCCGCCUUUCCAACUACCGCCAAACCUCAAAUUCGGCCCCUUCUCCGUCACCCCUCAGGUCUUUCACCUCUCCCGUUCCCGGCUAUCAUUUGGCCUGGUGAAUCUGAAACCCUUACUACCGGGCCACGUCCUCAUCUGUCCAGUGCGGUGUGUUCCGCGGUUAUCGCAAUUGAGCUCUGCAGAGACGGCAGACCUCUUUCAGACUGUGCAACGAGUCUCGCGGACCCUGGAGCGCUUGUACUCGGCUAGUGCUUUCAAUGUGGCUGUUCAGGAUGGUGUAGACGCUGGCCAAUCAGUCCCACACGUCCAUGUGCAUAUCAUCCCACGGCGACGAGGGGAUUAUGACCAUAAAGGCGGCGGAGACCAGAUUUACAAUGCCAUGGACGGCGAGGAGGGAGAUGUGGGCAAGGCGUUUUUGGAGAUGCAGCGGCGGAGGGAUGAGCUGGCACAGCAGAGGACGGAGAUCGCCAACGGUCCGGACAGCGAUAGACAGCCGAGAUCGAUAGAGGAGAUGAUGAAGGAGGCUGAGUGGUUGAGAGAGGAAAUGGAGAAGGACCGUGUUGAUGGCGACGAGGACAGUUGA